AUGGCGCUCUUCAGCCCGACCACCGUCCUCGUGGGAUUCCUCCUCCUGUACCUCUCCUCCUUCCUCAUCUUCGCCAUCGUCCGCAUCGCGACCGGAAUUUCUAUCCAGCGAAUCGGGUAUUUCUCCCUCCGCCGCAUUGCAUACGUGCCCCGAGACGGCAUCCAGAUCGAACUCCGUGGCCUCGGCCUGUCCUUACACCCCCCGUCGUUUGCGCAACCGACAUGGCUCAGCCUUCGCUUGACCGACCUCAAGGUCACGCUGGAUCCCACCGCGCUGGGAAAGGGGCGGAAAAAUACAAAGAAACCGGGGGCGUCGGAACCGCACACUCGCUCGCCGGAGGAAGAGGAAUUGGUCAAGUCGGAGGACGGACAAGAGUGCCCCUCGAAACCGAAGCGGAGCAAGACAUGGACGACCCUCACCCGCAUGAAGGAACAGGUCAAGCAGCUGCAUCGGAAAAUACAUUGGUUGAAGCUGGUGGAUGUCGUCGCCGUCAACACGACCGUCAACCUGGUCGAUGCUGGCCAGGUCCAGGUCGGAUCUUUGUCUUUGGGAGUCGACACGCGGCGCAAGAUGGUCGAUCGAGGGAAGCUGUUCUUCCGGCGCAAGAACUAUGACUCCGGAGAACAACGCCCGGCGGAGUGGGUGAUGAAUGUACAGAAUGUGCUGCUCGGGGUGGAUGGAGGGGAGCCGACCGAAGUGCUGGACAACGUUCGGGUGAUUAUACACGGCCUCCUUCACAAGGACCUCGACGGCCUCCGGGAUGCGUCAAUUGCGCUCAAGAUCGGGCGCAUGCAUAUCCCUUACGACGACGUGGUGACGUUCAUGCAGCGUGUCCAGAAGUCUCGCAAGUCCGUCGCUGAGCCCGUGAGCACCGAGACAGACGAUGAAGUCUCCUUUGCGGACUUUGUGGAGGAGCUGGACCAACCCGGGAGCCGAGACGACAAGAUUGUGCAGGCUGUUGCCGACUCGAAGGAAUUCGCCGGAUCGCUGCUGCGUGGAAUCCAGGGUAUACAGGUGGCUCUCAGCUUUUUCAGGCUGUCUCGGACUUUCCAGCCUUCUUCGCCCAAGCAGAAUCCCGUGUGCCUGAAUGUGGUAUCGCAUGAGCUCGGCGUCGACCUUCAUCGGAUGGACCAGAAGAGCCCCGCCCAUCGCAUGUAUUUCCAGCGCAACGAUGUCGCCCACCAAGCUCUCCUUGCAGCUAUCUCCGUGUCGGUCAGUCUGGAUGAUGGUGCGGGUGAGACGGAUAACAUCCUCUACAUCCCGAUGGCCACCACAACAAUAAAAACCACACUACCCUCAAAGACCAUCAGCUCAUUCGAUGAUUACAACCCCGAGGAGCGGAAUACGAACAUUCUGUUUGCCAAUCUGGUGGUGACGUCGCCUUCACUGGAUCUGGAGCCGAAGCAGGUAUCUCGCCUGCUGGGGUUGACUCAGGCGAAGAAGGCGCCUUCACGGGGCAAGAAGGCAGAUAAUCAGCGAUUGAUCUCCCGGUUGCUUCCCAAAGCCAGCAUCAAGGUCUCCGUCCAUGAACCCGUGGUACGAUUUGUUCUCCCCAUCUCCGAUCCCUCCGACACUCCCGACGAUGACUAUAAUCUCCUCAUUUCCUCUAUAUCCGCUAUAUCGCUUGACAUCGAAUCUUCCCACUCGUCAGAAGGCGGGGCACACUACUCACUUUCAUCCAUUUACCGGGUGGCCUCACACAAGCUAUACUACCAGACCCCGACGGGGGUCAAACAUAAUCUCUUGACAACGGAGAGCUUGGAAUUCAAGGUGCUAUUGAGUGCAUCCCCAGAGGUACGCGUAAUCGCGUCGGGAUCCCUGAAUUCUUGCUCGGCACACAUGGUCAACGACGACGUAAAUCGCGGCAUUCAACAGGUCAUUGAGCAGUUUCAGGCUCAGACUCGACAUAAGAGGAAGGCGUCCAUGUCGUUUGAGGAGCGAAAGCCUAGCCUGUUGAGGCGCAUUCCGGCUUGGCUCCUUCGAUUCCAGUUCGAGGCCAAUGGUCUCAGCUUAGAAAUUGCUGGUGUCGACACUAGCGUGUCGGAAGUAUCGCGUGGUGUCUCGCUCCAGCUUCAAUCGUGGACCGCAGAGUACAAAGCUCAAAAGUCCGAACCGACGACUGUCAGUUUCGCCAGAAGGCGUACUCCUAGUCAUUCUUUCAUUGGAGAUGAGUCGUCCUUCCGAUUCCCCCCUACGUCGACUCCUCCGCGACAAAAGCAAGUCGGUGCUUCAGAUGGGAGGCGUCUGGCGCUUCACGUUCGUGGCUUUGAGGCCUUUGUCAUUGAAUCCGAAGACUAUCUGGAGACAGAACCCUUCUUCUCACUGCCCCGAUUUGAGGUUGCUCUAAGCACAAUGAGUGACCGUCUUGGGCCGAUAUUCAACAUCAACUCCGUAUUCAAGGGCAUCUACCUACACUAUUCCCUCUAUCGAUACUACUGUCUCGGAGUUGCUAUGUCUGUGGUUAAAGAAGCGUUCAUGCCAAAGCCACCACCACCCUCCGAAGAGCCAAUGUCUCCGAUCGCAAAGGAAUUUGCGUUCCCACCGUCCCCACGGACUUCGGCAAGGAGUGAGCUGGUGACAGUUGAUGUUCGGGCGACGGUCGUACAGAUCAAGACCUUCCUACCCGCUGACCCCCCGAUGCUGAUCCAGAUCUACGGGUUGACGGCUGGCUCUCAUCGCCUCUCAGUUCCAUUCAUGAAGGCUCAGUUGAUCCGGUUACACGCAGAAGCCCCCAAGCUCAAGGGCGUUUGGGCUAGAAUCAUCAGCAUGAACAAUGUCCGAGUCGACCAGCGCAAGAUGAAGCUCAAACAAGGCACCAGCUUUGUCGAGCAAAAGUCGGUAGACGUGUGGGCGGACUUCAUCCGAAUCGGAGUACCGCACCAUAUGGUCAUGCAUCGUAUUUUUGAUAACUUCAUCAACAGCUCGAAGGCGCUCAAGCAGCUUCACGAGCGAUUCCAAAGCCAUACCUCUGAGUUCUCGUCGGCCAGAGACCCAGAAGAACCGAAGAAGGUGCCGAGGAUUUCGCUGCGUAGCAAAGCCUUGUUGUUCGAGUUGGAAGAUGAUGCGUUUGAGUGGAAGCUGGGUUGUAUCUAUAGAACUGGUCUUCUAGAGCAGCGUCAGCGCUUGGCUCGGGAAGAGGCGUUCGAACUGAAGCUGCAGAAAAUUAAAGAUACUGAUCAGCGUCGCGCUUCGUCGAGAAUUCGGGCUAAAUCCAGUCACCGAACCCUUCGCAGCGAGCGUGUUAGUGGCGAGGAGAGAAGGAGAAGCAAAAGUGCCGAUGCGAAACCGCGGAGGAGUCUGCACGAUGACAAGCGGGAACGGGGGAAGAAGUUCCGUUACGAUACCGAGGGCGCUGCUUGCUUGUCGUCCGAGUCCAAGAUCUCAGCGGAGAAUGCUUGGAAUCGGCUUCAGGAACACAACUCUCGGUCCUGGAAAGAGAAGAUUGACUCCGCUCUACGGUUCCAGGGCAGCUCUAUCAAGGAGGUGCGGAACCUCUUUUGUGGCGCUGAUGAGCCUCCCGAAGAUGUGCAAGAAUCGGAGACCGUGCUCUCCAUUCCCAACAGACCCGCUCUGUUGGCAGCCUUGAUCAGUGACAUCAACCUGGUUAUUGACAAACCGUUCUUCCCUAUCGAAGAGUAUCCAAAGUUCCUCCACAAUAUCGGGAAAGGGAUGCCGAUGGAUAUGCAGUAUGCGCUGCUUGUUCCCAUGAGUAUCCAGCUGGAUAUGGGAGAGGCACGCGUGAACCUGAGAGACUAUCCCCUGGACUUGCUGCAUAUUCCGGCUUUGCGUCCCGGACAGUCUCCAAGACUGCCAAGUUGGUCUCUCCGGACCAAUUUUGUGAUUGCCGAAGAGUACCGCGACUAUAAGUCAGCCAGGCAAGUUAAACUCGAAUUGGUUCCCUCGACGCAGCUGUCAGACGGGACCACGAGCCCUCCCUUUGCGAUAGAAGUCUGGAGAUCCGUCUCCCCUGUGAAAACCUACUCGGAUCCUACCAUUGAGAUCAAUACGAGUCUCCCAACGAGCAUUUCCUGGGGCAUGUCUUACCAGCCUGUCAUUCAGGAUAUGAUGAAGAUCAUUGAAGGGUUCACCAAGGCAGAAAUUGACCCGUCAGACAGAGUGGGGUUCUGGGACAAGAUCAGAUUGAGUUUCCACUCUCGGAUGAGAGUCUUAUGGAAAGAGGAUGGAGAUGUUCAUUUCCGUAUGAAAGGUUCGCGCGACCCAUAUGUGGUGACUGGGUUUGGAAGCGGAUUCGUCAUGUGCUGGCGCAAGGAUGUCAAAUUGGAAAUUCACACUGGUGAUGAUCCCAAGGAAUUGCUGAGUGUUACCAGUGGGGAGUAUGUCCUGGCGAUUCCUGAUUACAGCAAUGAAGCUCGGUAUAUGGCCGAAGCGACCGCCCAGGAUGUGGAAAGCAGUUCGAUUUCCAGUGAACAAAAGAAUGCCGCCCAAUUCAAGAAGGUCGUCAUGAAACUCUCUGGCGAUGUGAAAUGGGCCGCCGGUUUGGUGUUUGAGCGCAACGUGGACGAUACCCAACGGUCGUUCGAGUUUAGACCUCAUUACGAGGUUGUCCUGCAGAAUCCUGUUCAUGUCGAUCCUGCACAGCGAGAGGAUUAUGAUGCUUACCGCGGGUUCCGGAGUAACCACAUCCAUCUUUCAAUUUCAGUUGUUGCUCCUGAAAGCAGGAAUUGGUCUAUUGACUCUGUGCAGCCGUCUGCGAGCUACAAUACUGUUCAUCUGACCCCUCGUUUCUUCACACACUUUUUCAACUGGUGGUCCCUGUUCUCUGGAGUCAUGUCGCUUCCCGUCCGGCAGGGCCCGUUGUGGCCUGGUAUCACCAAGACGAGCAAAAAGUUCAACCGUCACCUGGCAACCGUCAAGUAUCAGUUGCUCUUUGCCCCUCUCUUCGUGGCUCACAUCUACAAGCAUAAGGAUCGCGAAGAUUAUGCUGAAGAUGUUGUGACAGCGACAGGCCUGAAGGUCCGUUUAGACAGUCUAAAAUUUGAUGUUCAUCAGAGGCGAGAACAAGUCAAAACGCAGGCCAAGGGCCGCCUAAAGCAGACCCAAGCAAGCGCCAUGCGCAUCAACCAGGCGGAAGUCGAUUUGCAGUCUGCGGAUUUCAGAGCCGUCUCGGCCAGCAUUGAAGGGACGAAUUUCGAUGAUAUCGAGAACAACAAAGACGACAUCAUAUCGUCCUUUCAACAACCCGUGGCUUCUGUUGAUCUUUCUCGGUUUACAAUUCCCGACCAAAAUCUUGAUUGGAUCGACAUGGAUGACUUUGUGGAGUUGGAUUGGAUACUGCCUCAAGAGUCCAACCCCCGAACCCAGCUCUUGCCUUUGGCGUUUACGCCGCGCUUUACGUACUUCCGCCAGACGGACCAUGGUCACACACCUCCAGACGAAACGGGUUAUAGCACUUUUGGUGACGAGCCGACCCACGAAUGUGUUAUGUCUGAGAAUAAUGAACCUCGCCGGGUGCAGAUGGAGCUGAUCCGAGAUCGCCUUGUUGCUGUUGAGGCGCAGUCCCGCGAUUGCAAUCGUACCAUUGGCGAACAGGAGCUCCGCAUGGCAAAGGAUAUUACGAAUGAUCCUGAGCUCAAGGUGCAGCAUAAGGAUUAUCUGAGACAGGCGGAAACGCUCAUGCGUAGACGUGCUUUCCUCAACGCUGGGCUGCAACGUAUUGAGAAGCAGCUCGCGCGGGAGGACAAGAUCCCGACGGAGAGGAAUCCCGAAGCAUUUGCGAACGAUAGCACUUCUCGCCUGGGAACCGAUUCUGAUUCGACCAAUGAUGGCAAGGACGCUGCCGAUAUGGAUGGGCUGUACUCAUCCCCUGACGAUGAUUUGGCAAGUGACUUCAACAACCGGUUUAUCAUCCACAAUAUCCAACUGAAGUGGAACAACUCGUUGAGGAACAUCAUCCUACGCUAUAUCCAUCAAGUGAGCCAGCGGCGUGGAUUCGUGUACUACAUGUCUCGACGAGCUGUCAAGUUCAUUCUUGAUAUAGUCGAUGAACAGAACAGGACCAAGCAGAAGCAUUCGAAGCUCUUCCAGACUGCCUCGAGACGACCUUCAGAUGCAGGAGGCUUGGUGGACAGUGAAGACGAUGACAGCAUCGAGGAUCGCAUCGAGCAGUUGCUGAGCGAUGCCAAGCGCUACGUCAAUGCGGAAGAGCAGGAGCAUCCUGACCAACGGAGACAAAGUACCUCCAAGUCCGAUGGAGCUAGCGAAAAUAUCGCUCCUGAGUUCACACCGCAAAACAGCUACCACCUGCGUCUUAUUGCCCCGCAGAUCCAACUGCAGAGCGAGAAGAAUCAAAAGUCCGUGCUACUCGUCGCUGCCAAGGGGAUGCAACUGCAAGUUGUGUCCAUCAUGGACAAGGAACGCGUGUCCGACGACGUCAGUGGCUUGGUGCAGCGUCGCUUCAAUCUUUGUAUGGAUGGUGCCCAGUUCUUCGUGGCGACGCAAAAGAAUCUCUUGAAUCAUUUGCAGUUUUAUGCUGGCAACAAAUAUGGCAACUCACCGGGGUCGGCAUGGCCGCCUUGGUUGACGCUCGAAGCCAUGUUCGACUUCGAACUGAAUCCAUUUGGCUUUUCAAGAAUUAUCCAGAAGACGUCGGCUAGCUUGCGGUACGACAAGUAUAACAAUCUCCGCCUGAAAUACAACGAGCAGGUUGGGAAGGGGCAGCCAGGCCAACAGUUCAGUCCGGAAGACCUUGAGCCCAGGAUGGACCACAUCAGCGUCGACUUUCCCCACUUCCGUGCUAUUUGCGACUCCGCUGAAUACUACUCCAUGUAUAUCAUUGUUCUCGACCUUCUCCUCUACAACGAGCCACUUGAGAAGGUUCGCAAUGAACGCCUUGAGAGGAUCAUGCUUACUUCCGACUUCAGUGAUCUGAGAGGCGCACCGGAGAUGGUGUUCAAGCUCCAGGCUCGCAUCCGGCAACUGGAGGAGAUUAAGGAGCAUUUCCAGAUUCAUGCGAAGUAUCUGGAUAAACAGGGCUGGGAAGAUCGAAUGGUACUUGAGAAGGAUCUCACACAAUGUGAGGAUGAGUUGUUCUUCUUGAUGAAGGCAAUCACGUCCUCGCAGAGCAAGAUCGAUCCGACCAUGUCAAAGGCGCACGGGGUUCUCCGCUGGAACAUUUCUGCAAGCGAGGUUGUAUGGCAUCUCAUGAAGGAUCAAACGGAGCCUCUGGUUGAGUUCCAGCUCCGGAAUGCUGAGUAUGACCGCACGGACAACAGCGACGGCUCGAACCACAACUUGGUUGCGGUCGAACGGUUGUAUGGCUUGAACCUCCUUCCAGAUGCCAUCUAUCCUCAAAUCAUUGUGCCUUACCUUGACCAGGCCCGGAACCUCAACGGUCCUGAUGAUUACAUGAUCAAGGUUAAAUGGCACAUGCUGGAGGCUGUUGCUGGUAUUCCCGUUCUGGAUGAUUUCGAGGUCUCCCUCUUCCCACUUAAGGUUCAGCUGGAGCGGGAGCUUGGUCAGAAGGUGUUCGAGUACAUGUUCCCCAAGGUCGGAUCUACGGCGUUUGAGAACGGCGGGUUUUCGCCAUCCAUGAUCAAGAACAUGAAGGCGCUUGACGACGAGUCCGACUCUGAGGAAGAACGUCCGGUGUCCGCCCCCAGCCAGGACCAGGGCGACCUUUCGUCGGAUGACUUGCAGCUGAAGGGACCUGGCGCAAUUGAGCUCAGAUUGCAACCGACGCUUACGCUGUCCGAGGAGGCCAGACCCAAAUCGAGCCACCGCCAUCUCAAGGGUCUCGCGAUGACACCGAUUCACCGGGACAAGGACCACAGCAGGCCUUCAACGAGUGGCGGGCUAGCGAAGAAGCGGUCAGUCGACAGUCUGCGGAUACUGUCUAGACAAGCGACGGACAAAUCGAUGGUCCCUGCGUCGGGCGCGUCCUCCAAUGCUGAAGACAAAGAGAAGGCCAAGAAAUUUGUUCUUGGACGAACACCGCGGAACGGCAAAAAAGACACACCGGACGAUUUGACCCAGAUGAUGUCUCGUGCGUCGAACUACAUGACACUCGCCCAUGUCAAGGUGCACGAUGUUGUGCUCUGUCUGAGCUACAAGGGCAAGGGUGACCACAACCUGGAGGACCUCCACGACUUCGUGUUCAGAUUACCCGUGCUGGAAUACCGGAAUAAGACCUGGUCGAACCUGGACUUGGCUUUGCGACUCAAGAAGGAUGUCAUCAAGGCCCUCAUCUCGCAUGCGCCGGCCAUUCUUGGGAAUAAGUUCUCGCACCACCGGCCGUCCAAGCAGCAGCUGAAGCGGUACCGCGAGCUGGCCAGCUCCUCCCAGGUUCUGCACAACUCGGACAGUGCAGUUGAUAAGUCGGACAACGCCCAGAGUAUGGCUAGCGUGGACUCCAACAGCGAAUAUUCGGAGUCGCAGCGAUCCGGCAAAUCCGGGACGUCGCCCCUGGCGCGGUCCAACUCUCUUGGGUCCAGUAUGCUCAGUGUGCAUGAGCCCGGCGGUGUGCUGCCGGACUCUCGCUCUGCGAGCGAGGUCGACGUCGAUGCUCGUUGGGAGCAAUCUCGCAGGAUCGUCAAUCCGCCUGCCCGGCCCAUGACCUCCGGAAACGCCAUGCCUCGGUCGUCGACCAGGAUCUGGGACGGACCGGAAGAUACUGCGGGCCCCAAGACAUCGAUCCGAAAUUUCGGGCGUAAACUCAUGCCUUCGAGGAAAUAA